UUUUUGAACCGAUCGGGUGGGGUGCUGCGCGUCGUUGCAAAGUAAAUAAAACUAAAUAAGUGUAUAGAGCGCAGCCUGCAGCCUUUAAUCUUGUGUAAUUCAGCCGUGUGUAAUUACUAGACAAAGCGAUAAGCGGCGGUGCAGAAAUUGAAUAAAUAAAAGGGACCGUGUGUGUGACAAUCACUUGGCACAAUCCAGUCGUCAGCGUCAGGACAGGCUGACAGUCUGACAGGGGGACAGGCAGGGACAGAAGCGUGUAAAUAGGCAGGGCUGUUAAACGCGUGAGAGCGGGACGAGAGAGGACGAAAUCAUCGGAGAAAACGAAAAUUUCAAAUUCAAACAAUUUGGUUUUUAACAAUUUGAAACCAAAAUGGCCCCGGCACUAAGCAAACUGGCCAACAAUCGGAGCGCCAUUGUUGGUGUGGCAGGCAUGACGGCAGCCGUGUGGAUAAUUGCCUACGCCAAGAUGUCCAACAAAAAGAGAAAAUCCAGCUAUGAGGAUAAGAUUCAGUACACAAUUGCCGAAAAGAAGGAUAAGAAGGCGAACAAGGCCCAUGUCAAUUCAGUAUUCUUCAAACAGCUGCGAAAGCUGCUCCCCAUACUCAUUCCUGGAUUCUGGAGCGUGGAGACGGGACUACUGUUCCUGGUGGCCGCCGCACUGAUUGGCCGUUCGGUGAGCGACAUCUGGAUGAUCCAGAAUGCGACGGUUGUGGAGAGCACCAUCAUACAUAUGAAUAAAACCAAAUUCAAGGCGGCACUGCUCAAAUAUCUAACAGCCCUGCCAGCGAUCUCUGUGGUAACCAAUGUCCUAAAGUGGAGCCUGGGCGAGCUGAAGCUACGCUUUCGCACAAAUCUGACGCAUCAUCUGUACAAUCAAUACCUAAACGGCUACACGUACUACAAAAUGUCGAAUCUGGACAAUAGAAUAGCAAACGCCGACCAGCUGCUGACCACGGACAUUGACAAGUUCUGUGAAAGCGCGACGGAUCUGUACUCGAACAUUAGCAAGCCCGUGCUGGAUAUUUUCAUCUACGUGUACCGCCUGACGGUGAACCUGGGCGGCAAGACGCCGUCGAUACUGAUGCUGUAUCUGCUGAUCGCUGGCGUGUUUCUAACACGUCUGCGCCGUCCCACCGGACGCCUGACGGUCGAGGAGCAGAAGCUGGAGGGAGAGUUCCGGUAUGUGAACAGCAGGCUGAUCACCAACUCGGAGGAGGUGGCCUUCUAUCAGGGCAAUGUGCGCGAGAAGCUCACCCUGCUGGCCAGCUACUCCAAGCUGCGUGCGCACCUGAGCAAAUUCCUCGAAUUCCGCGUCAGCAUGGGCAUCAUCGACAACAUCAUUGGCAAAUACUUUGCCUCCAUCGUUGGCUUCUACGCGGUAUCCAUACCCUUCUUCACCGACAAUCAUCCCCUGCUUUCUGGGGAGCAGAGCGGGCAGCGUCUGCAGGCGUACUACACCUACGGCCGGAUGCUGGUUAAGCUGGCGGAGGCUAUUGGUCGUCUGGUGUUGGCCGGACGGGAAAUGUCACGCCUUGCGGGCUUCACCGCCCGCAUGACCGAACUGAUCAAGGUGCUGGGUGAUCUCAACAAGGGCACCUAUGAGCGAACCAUGGUCAAUGGCAACAACAUCAACCUCACCCAGAACGCCAGCGGAUCUGCGGCGAAUAGCUUCGGGCCAAAUAAGGGGAUCAUGUGCUUCGAGGACAACAUCAUCCGGUUCGAGCAGGUGCCUCUGGUCACGCCCAAUGGCGAUGUGCUGCUCAAUGAGCUGACCUUUGAGGUCAAAUCUGGCACCAAUGUUCUGGUUUGCGGACCCAAUGGCUGCGGCAAGUCCUCGCUGUUCCGCAUCCUUGGCGAACUGUGGCCCACGUGGGGCGGCAAGGUGACAAAGCCUUCAAGGGGCAAGCUCUUCUACAUACCUCAGAGGCCCUACAUGACGCUGGGCACAUUGCGCGAUCAGAUCAUCUACCCGCACACGCGCGAGGAUAUGCGACGAGUGGGUCAGACAGACGAGGAUCUCAUGCACUAUUUGGACACUGUUCAGCUGACGUAUCUGGAGCAGCGGGAGAAUGGGUUGGAUGCCAUCGAGGACUGGAUCGAUGUGCUGUCGGGCGGUGAGAAGCAGCGCGUGGCCAUGGCCCGACUCUUCUACCAUCGGCCGCAGUUUGCCAUUCUCGAUGAGUGCACCAGCGCCGUGUCCGUGGAUGUUGAGGGCAAGAUGUACAGCUAUUGCCGGGAGGUGGGCAUCACGCUCUUCACUGUCUCGCAUCGUAAAUCGCUUUGGGUCCAUCACGACUACUAUCUGCAGUUCGAUGGACGGGGCAGCUACGAGUUUGAGGCGAUCGACCAGGACAAGGAGCAUUUUGGCUCCUAAUGAGCUAAUCUUCCACAUUCAUCCCGCUUCCGUUUUUUCAAUGCCCAAUGAUCGAGAGCAGGCAGCAGUGUGCGAUUAUCCAAAACCCACGUGUAAUUCCCGCUCCAUUUUAGGCUGUAACUUUUUUUGGUGCUGGCAAAUCCUUGCUCCUACUCCGCCUCCACCUCUUGGCUCUGUGUCUACCUCUACCUUUACCAUUUCUUGCUUCGUUUUGUGAUGUGUGUGAUUUUUAUUUGUUUGUUUUGUUUACUCGCUUAUUCUAUUCCAUAGCUUAAUUCUGGGCUUAGUCGGCUUUUAGUUGUAUUUUCGAGAACAGAGUUUUGGUGAUUAGAGAUUUAAGCGUAAAGUAAUAAACCCCCCUACCCCAAAAGAUGACGAUCGCGAGAGUCCAUAUAGCAAAACACAUUUUAGUAAAUUUAUACGACAAAUAUACACAAUACAAAUACA